AUGCAACUGUUUCUAACUGUUCAUGGAUUAUUUCAUUUAUAUAAGACGGAUAUAUUCAAUAUUUUUCAAGAAAAAGAUUGUUUAUAUUCGUUUACAGUUGACAAUAAUUUCAAUGAAUGGCAAUUAGUACCAUAUUGUAUCCGAAACAGUCUGAUCUUCUCGGACGACAAUGAUGGUUUUUGUUAUGGAGAUCCGAAUUAUACAUUUAAAGAGUUAAAAUUAAAAGGUGUUAACAGUGAUUAUUUGUAUAAAUGGAAUACACCGAUUGAUACAAUGAAUAGUUAUGAAAAAUAUCGAAGUUUAAAUGAUUCAUCACUUGAGACUCAUCGUUAUUGUAAUUGUUCAGACAAUUGGUUUGGCACUCGAUGUCAAUAUUCAUUUAAUCAGUCUAUGCAAAACUUUGAUGAAAUUAUUUCAUUUCAAUUCAAAGAAAAACAAUCAUUAAAAGAAAGAUAUGAAAUUAUCAAUGAUCCAUCUUUGCUGACAUGUUAUGAAGGACUUCGUUGUCAUUCAACAAUUUGUCUUGAUUGGCGAGAGAUUUGUAAUGGACUUUUUAAUUGUGAAAAUGGUGAAGAUGAGCCUGAAGAAUGUUUUUUACUUGAAUUAAAUGAAUGUGAAAAGGAUGAAUAUCGUUGUCGUAUUGGUACGUGUAUUCCAAGAACGUUUCUUGUUGAUUUCAAUCCUGAUUGUUCUGAUUUAACCGAUGAAUAUCUUACUUAUGAUGAGUAUUUUCAAGAUUCAGAUUGUUAUUUAUCAUCAACACUUGUCUGCGAUAAUCGUUUAUGUAAUAAGUUAAAUGAUUUUUCAUGUGCAGAUGGAGAGUGUCAAGAGAUUUCAAUGCAAUGUAAUAAUGGUCGUGAUCUGUUCCUUCGUCAUAAUCUUUUAUCAUCAUCUAUGAUGAAUAACAUUACUUUUCAAUGUUGGUUUUUGAUGCUUUGUUCAUCAGGUGAAAUCAAUGUAAAUUUAAUGGGUUAUAAUUAUACUGAUUGUCAAUCUCCAGAAGAUAUUCCUGAUAAAUGGGAUUAUUUCGAUUCUUUUCAACAAAUCUGUUCCACGACAUUUUGGUUCCAGGAUGAAAGAAAUCUUCUAUAUCCAUUCACUCGACAUCUAUAUCAUAACAAAAUAUCGAAUGAUACAGCUUGGUGGGAGCCAACUCAUAUUUGUUACAAUCAAAAGGAAUGUUCUAGCCUUCCCAUUUCUAAUUUAUCAUUGAUUAAUGAUUGGUCAUGUAUCGAUGUAGAACAAAAUGGGAUUCAAUUUGAUACAUUAGAAUUAUAUUUAUUAUUUUCAUCCUGUUCUAAAACUCAUCUAUCAUUGUUCAAUGAAGAUGAUUCACUCUUUUAUUGUGAUGAAUCGAGGAAAUUCAUUUCGAAAUCUCGAGUAUUAGAUACUAAAAGCGAUUGUUAUUAUUUUGAAGAUGAAAAUUUCUAUUAUAAUUUUACUCUUAUAAUCCAAUUGAAUUUGACUGAUCGUUUUCAAUGUUUAUUCAUUAGUCAAUGGCUACCGCGUCCACUGGCUCUCGAUGUUCGUUGUUUUCAAGAUUUUGAUAGAUUAGGCCUCGGUAAAUGCGAUAGCAGUUCAGAUAUUGCAUGUCUGUUUCUUCGUGAUCAAUACACACCGUCUAUGAAUUAUAUUUUUCGACAAAACUGUGAUGGUAUUAUGAAAUUUGAUGGAGAAGAUGAAAAUAAUUGUGAAGAAUGGCGUUCAUAUCGAUGUGAUGGUUAUUGGGAUAUGAUGAAUGGAGAAGAUGAAUUGAAUUGUACGAAUACAGUUUAUGGUUAUAUUACGCAUGCAGUUUUUAAAUGUCAAUCAACUGAACAUUAUUGUUUUCAUCCAAAUGGUACUGUUAGUUGUUUGUCAAAAGAUCGUGCUGGAGAUGGAUUUGUCGAUUGUUUAGGAGGCACUGAUGAAAGAAAAACUUUAUGCCAUUUUCCAGAUUCAAUUUUAGAUUUUCAAUGUUCUGAUGGUAAAUGCAUAUCAAUAGAUUAUCUCUGUGAUCAAGAAAGUGAUUGUUUGGGAAACGAUGACGAAUUAAUAUGUUCAUGGAUAUCGAAUUCUACAAAAAUUCCCUUUUCAAUGUUUAGUUGUCAAAAUUUAACGUUUAUUUUGCGAGACAAAGUAUGCGACAAUAUUAUUGAUUGUCAACCAAAUGGUGAAGAUGAAUGGUUUUGCUUAAUCAUAUUUCUUAGACCAUCUCAAUUUGUACUCGAAAGACUAGAAGAAUAUCCCUAUAGUACAACAAAAUUGGUAUCUUCUGAUAUUGACCACCAUUCAUCCGUACGACAACAAAGACAUAUCGAUACGAAUUCAGGUUCAAAUUCACUUGAAAAAUGGUUUUGUAAUCGAGGUAUUAUUGUCAUUAAACGAUCAUCCGACAUCGAAUGUUUGUGCCCGUCAAGUUAUUAUGGUCGAAGAUGUGAAUAUCAAUCAGAACGUCUGUUAAUUUCUAUACGAAUUACUACACCCGUUACUCUUCGUGGUCGUCAAAAUAAACAAAAUAUUUUUCGUUUAAUCGCUUGUUUGAUAUUCAAUGAUUCAUUUGUAGAUUAUGAAGAAAUUCUACAUGUACCAAUGAUGAAACAGAUGUUUUAUUUGAAUUAUCCACGACCGCCACCAAAACAACGUGGUAAUUGGACGGUUCAGUUUUACGCCUAUACUGUGACACGAUAUUCGGUCAAUUUUAUAUCUUCGUGGUUAUUUGAUGUACCAUUUCCUUUUCUUCCUGUUAAUCGAUUAGUAUUGGAUCUUUUUUUGAAAGAACAAGAAACAUGUUAUACACUUUCUUGUAAGCAUGGCUCUUGUAGAAAAUAUCUUAAUUUACCCUAUCAAGAAUAUUGUCAAUGUGAACCAAAUUGGUUUGGUACUUAUUGCAAUGUUAGUUAUCAUUGUUUCUGUGCUAAUGGAGGAGAUUGUAUCAGUAGAAACUCCAUAUCAAUUUGUGUAUGUCCUCUCGGUCGGAUAGGUCGUGAAUGUCAUGUAUUAUUUGAUCCAUGUAGCAAUAUAACAUGUGAAAAUGGAGCGACAUGUUUGCCAAUGGAUGAACGCGAAACGAACAAGUUUAUCUGUGCAUGUCGUAUUGGUUUUCGUGGAUCUCGUUGUGAAUUGAAAGAUGCUCAGAUGGACAUUUAUUUUUCAAAAUCAUUCAUCUUUUAUACUCGUUUAUCAUCGCCUGCGAUUAUUGUUCAUUUUCUCGAACUGCACGAUCAUUCUCCGGGAAUUGCAUUAACUCAAAAUCGUGUAAUACAUAAACAAGUUCAACUAAACAAAUUAUUCCGUAUUUAUUAUAAUAAUCAUCAAUAUCUGUCAUCUCUAAUUCUUCUUGAAAUCUUUUUUGAACCUCAAAACUUUCGUUACUAUAUUGCGAGUAUUCUUAGCAAUAAUAUGACAUAUGUUACAACAACAAUUAGCAAUUCAAAUCAUUGUCCUCAUAUUGAUGAAAUAAUUAUGAAUGAAACUAUACGUCAAAUGCCAUUAGUAAAACGAGUAAAAUAUUAUGAAUAUAUAUGUCGAAUAUCUCGCAGUAGAAUUUGUUUUAUGGAUGAAGUUCAUCUUUGUUUUUGUGAUAAAUAUGGUGAUCCUGAUUGUCUUGCACUUCAACGUCAAUCAACAAAUUGUCGAACAGAUUAUUGUCAAAAUAAUGGACAAUGUAUAGAAAAUGAAUUCAAUGGAACUUGGGAUUUUGGAUGUGUAUGUGGUCAAUGUAUUUACGGAUCUCUAUGUCAUUUAACAACAUCAGAAUAUGUAUUUUCAUUAGAUAUGAUAAUUGGUCAAGAUAUUCUUGAAAAUGAAUCAUUGUCAAUACAACCAUCGUUGAUUAAAGUCAUUAUGUCAAUUCUUGUUCUUAUGUUGAUAAUUGGAUUCAUUUCAAAUGGUAUAUCAUUUAUCGUAUUUAAACAACCACGUGCUCAACAAACUGGUUGUGGAAUCUAUUUGUUUUGUCUCCCUAUUAUUGGUCAAAUUGGAUUAUUAUUUUUAACUGGUCGAUUUUUCUAUCUAUUAGGAACACAAAUGUCUAUUGUUAAUAAUCGAUUGGCUGCUCAUUGGAGUUGUAUUACACUUGAAUAUGUUUUGAAUGUUUGUCCGAUACUUUACGAUUGGUUUACAACGUGCGUAGCUGUAGAGCGAAGCAUUAAUAUCAUCAAAGGAAUUUCAUUCAAUAAAUCAACUAGCGUUUGGUGGGCAAAACGUAUGAUUUUUUCUCUCAUCAUUGUCGUUUUAAGCAGUACAUGGUAUGAACCAUUUAUUCACCAUUUAAUUGAUGAUCCUCGAACGACAACUACUCAUACAUGGUGUAUUGUAACAUUUCCCUGGUUAUGGCUAAAAUAUUAUCGAUUAAUAAUAAAUCUUAUAAAUCUGAUUGUACCAGGUUCAAUUCAUUUGCUUGCUACUUUGUUUCUUCUGCAUCGAACAACAAAAAUAAAACAAAUUUUAAUAAAAGAUCAACGUCAACGUCAUUAUUUUCGUUUAUUAAUAAAACAGCUUCCAUUAUAUGGAAGUCCACUAUUAGUUGUUACGCUUAGUUUUCUACGAUUAAUCUUUUCAUUUACAUUAUCUUGUCUUACUUACCAAUGGCAAAAAUAUCUUUAUCUUACAGCUUAUUUUAUUUCUUUUUGUCCAUUAAUAAUGACUUUACCAAUGUUUGUUUUACCUGCGAAAAUUUACAGGACAGAAUUGAAAAAUUUAUCUUAUUUUCGUUGA